UGUUGGAAACUACUACUAUGGCCAGGGACAUCCAAUGAAACCCCACAGGAUCCGGAUGACCCACAACCUGCUGCUGAACUAUGGCCUCUACAGGAAGAUGGAGAUAUAUCGCCCUCACAAGGCAAAUGCCGAAGAAAUGACCAAGUACCACAGUGAUGACUACAUAAAAUUUCUGAGAUCCAUUCGCCCAGAUAACAUGUCUGAGUACAGCAAGCAGAUGCAAAGAUUUAAUGUUGGGGAGGACUGCCCCGUGUUUGAUGGGUUGUUCGAGUUUUGUCAGCUCUCUGCCGGAGGCUCCGUUGCCAGUGCCGUGAAGCUGAACAAGCAACAGACGGAUAUUGCUGUGAAUUGGGCAGGAGGCCUUCACCACGCUAAAAAGUCGGAGGCUUCUGGCUUCUGUUAUGUCAACGACAUCGUCUUAGCUAUCUUGGAGCUCCUGAAGUAUCACCAGAGAGUGCUGUAUAUUGACAUUGAUAUUCACCACGGAGAUGGCGUGGAGGAAGCCUUUUAUACCACAGACCGUGUCAUGACCGUGUCCUUUCAUAAGUACGGAGAAUACUUCCCGGGAACAGGGGACCUACGGGACAUUGGUGCAGGCAAAGGCAAGUACUACGCUGUCAACUACCCGCUCCGGGACGGGAUUGAUGAUGAGUCCUAUGAAGCGAUAUUCAAGCCGGUGAUAUCUAAAGUGAUGGAGACGUUCCAGCCUAGCGCAGUUGUCUUGCAGUGCGGGUCAGACUCUCUGUCAGGGGACAGGCUGGGUUGUUUUAAUCUGACCAUCAAAGGUCAUGCCAAGUGUGUGGAGUUUGUAAAAAGUUUUAAUUUGCCUAUGCUGAUGCUGGGAGGAGGCGGCUAUACGAUCCGCAACGUGGCUAGAUGCUGGACCUAUGAGACUGCUGUGGCUCUGGACACUGAAAUUCCCAAUGAACUGCCAUAUAAUGACUAUUUUGAGUACUUUGGACCAGACUUUAAGCUCCACAUCAGUCCCUCGAACAUGACUAACCAGAAUACCAAUGAGUAUCUCGAGAAGAUCAAGCAACGUCUCUUCGAGAACCUGCGCAUGCUGCCUCAUGCCCCUGGCGUUCAGAUGCAACCAAUUCCUGAGGAUGCUGUUCAGGAAGACAGUGGAGAUGAAGAGGAAGAAGAUCCUGAGAAACGGAUUUCAAUCCGCAAUUCCGAUAAGAGAAUAUCCUGUGAUGAAGAAUUCUCCGACUCUGAAGAUGAAGGGGAAGGAGGGCGCAAAAAUGUUGCCAACUUCAAGAAAGCUAAGCGUGUGAAAACAGAAGAGGAAAAGGAGGAAGAGGAGAAGAAAGAUGAGAAAGAAGAGGAAAAAGCAAAAGAGGAGAAAGCAGAACCCAAAGGGGUGAAGGAAGAGACGAAAUCCACCUAAGAUGGCUGCAGCUGGACAGCACCUGUCAGCGUGUAGUUGUCAUAGGUUAGCUUCUCUGGUUGCCUCCCAUUCCACAGGAUUUAUAUUUUAUAUAUGUUUCUGUAUAUAUUUCUAUAUAAAUAUAUAAAUGACUUGAGAACUGUAAAUUAUUCCUUGCUGCACUCCGCUGGGAGCAGACAGGGAGGAUUCUGCGGAGUAGACAGACCUGCACUGCCCAGAUUUGGUGACUGGGAAGUUUCACUCUUGCCUUCCACUGCCUCCUUAGUGUGUCUUUAACAACAUCACCUCCUUUCUUUACUCUCUCCUCUGAAGUAACCACCCUUGGAAAAGAAUAAUUUAAGUAGAAGUAGUGUCUGCAUUUCAGGUUAGGUGGAAAGAUGGCCAUGAAUACUUUUUUUUUUUUUUUUUUUCCUUUUUUUUUUUUUUUUUUUGUGGGAGAAUAUGAGUUCCCAAAUGAAGCCUGUGAGAGACUGACUAUUCCUUUGGUCUUCAGUUUGAUUCCACCGUGGCAAGUAACUGCAAGCUGGUACCACUUCUCAGGGUCAAAUAGUGCAGUUCUUGAAUAGAGUUGGCUACCUCCCUGCAGCAAACUUGUGGAAAGAGAUGAAGCAGCUUAAAAGCAAUCUGAAAGGCUCGUUAGUGAAUCAGCCCAAGAGCCCUGCAGGUGCAGAUCUGGAAAAUGCAAAAUGGAAAUCACCCUAAUGUGGUGGUUAACGUUUUCCAAGAUCU